GAGUACCCCCUGCACAGGUCCCUUUUGCAGUACAGAUCCAGUAGUUGGAGUUGCUGUACACCGAGCACGAGAGGGAGAGGAGAGGAGUGUGAGCACACAGCGGCUGAGUGAGCAAACAGACGUAGAAACAUUAGGUUAUCUUCCGAGACUAUCAGACAUCGACCUGUCACUUUUACCGCUUCGAACCGAGUCCCGUCUCCUUGAAGAGGACCACAGCAGCAGCAGCAGCAGCAGCGCCCUGGUCUGGUCUGGUCUGCUCGAGCAGCCGCCUGUGAAAAACUCCCAAACGCGGUCGUCUCAGCUGGCAUGAGCUAACCUACCAGACAGACAUGGAAACCAAACCAUUCUUGUCAUUGGAAUACUGAACUGUGGCACCAGAUCCGAAGCACAGAACACAUCAUGAAUCACGUACAGUGGUACUAUAUGCAAGGGUUCCUGAAGCCCCAGUGCUCGUUGGCUCCUCCCAUGCAGCGAGGUCGCUCAGUAGAGGCUUGUUCCUGUUUCAGUGGCAUGUGUCCCCUCCAUCAGCGUCGCCUGUCCACAGACUCGUCGGGCCAGGUGACCUCCUCGCCCCUGGGCUCACCCACAUCGCACCGGGGAAUGCAUCCGUCUCUGCUCAGCCCAACAUCCAUGGGGCCCUCCGGCUCUCUUCACUCUCCCAUCAGCACGCUGAGUUCACCCAUGAACGGCCUGGCUUCACCCUUUUCCGUCAUCAGCUCGCCCAUGGGCCCCCACUCCAUGAACUCGCCCGGCAUGGGAUACGGCCCAAGUGUCAGCCCCCAGAUGUUCCAGCUGAACUCUCCGAUGAACUCGGUCAGCAGCACGGAGGACAUUAAGCCCCCGCUGGGCCUCAACGGCGUGAUGAAGGUGCCCGCCCAGCCCUCAGGCACGGUCCUGUCACUCACCAAACACAUCUGCGCCAUCUGCGGUGACCGCUCCUCAGGUAAACACUAUGGAGUGUACAGCUGUGAGGGCUGCAAAGGUUUUUUCAAAAGGACGGUGCGCAAAGACCUAACCUACACCUGUCGUGACAACAAGGACUGUGUCAUUGAUAAGCGCCAGAGGAACCGCUGCCAGUACUGCCGCUACCAGAAGUGUUUAGCCAUGGGCAUGAAGAGAGAAGUUUUGUUACAUGCAGCCGUUCAGGAGGAGCGCCAGCGAGCCAAGGAGAGAAAUGAGAACGAGGUGGAGUCCACCAGCUGUGCCAACGAGGACAUGCCCGUGGAGAAGAUCCUGGAAGCCGAGCAGGCAGUGGAACCCAAAACCGAGACCUACAUUGAGACCAACCUUGGUGUGCCGUCCAACUCGCCCAAUGACCCAGUGACAAAUAUCUGUCAGGCAGCUGAUAAACAGCUUUUUACCCUGGUGGAGUGGGCCAAGAGGAUCCCCCACUUCUCUGAGCUGCCACUGGACGACCAGGUCAUCCUUCUACGAGCAGGUUGGAAUGAACUCCUGAUUGCAUCAUUUUCGCACCGUUCAAUAGCGAUUAAAGACGGGAUUCUGUUGGCGACCGGGCUGCACGUCCACCGAAACAGCGCCCAUAGUGCCGGAGUGGGAGCCAUCUUUGACAGAGUGCUCACAGAACUGGUGUCAAAGAUGAGGGACAUGCAGAUGGAUAAGACAGAACUGGGGUGCCUUCGAGCUAUAGUCCUUUUCAACCCAGACUCUAAAGGUCUGUCCAACCCCGGCGAGGUAGAAGCUCUGAGAGAGAAAGUGUAUGCAUCUUUAGAGGCCUACUGCAAACAGAAGUACCCCGAGCAGCCUGGCAGGUUUGCCAAGCUGUUGCUGCGGUUACCAGCACUGCGCUCCAUCGGCCUCAAGUGUCUGGAGCAUUUGUUCUUCUUCAAGCUCAUCGGCGACACGCCCAUCGACACCUUCCUCAUGGAAAUGCUAGAAGCCCCACAUCAAAUGACAUAAUAGCAGAGAAGGUUGAGCUCUCCUCCUCCCCCACAUCUCCCAUCGGCCCUGGAUCGGGAGCAGGGUCCUUUUUAAAAUCCCGUCUCCAACAACGGACAGAUCACGCGACGACUUUGAAUGGACCUCUCCCUCCCUCCCUCCACCCCUUCUCUCCUCAGCUCCCUUUUGAUGUGUUUCAAAACAAUGAAUUCAUCAUGUUUAUGGGUCUGUUUUAUACCUUGUAAAAAUAUAUAAAUAAGAAAUAUAUAUAUAUAUAUAUAUAUAUAUAUGAAAAUCACGCGACAACACAAGUGACAACAUUGGACUGAAAGGAGGUCGGACAGAGGACAAAAGAAACGUAUUGAGCCAUCGUUUUCAUCCUUGCUUUUCCUGCACUUUGACAAGAAAAAGCAGAGAUGAUCAGGUUUUAACACCCACAGUUACGCUUGCAGGUAUAUUAAAAAAAACGGCGGUGAUGUCAUAUUUGGACACUCAGCGUUGUGAUCGGGACAAUCGUGGGCUCGGAGAGCUGUCUAGACUUGGACCUGAGCCCUCUCUCUCUCUUUCAGGACUGAACUUACUUCGGGGAGGGACAGCGGGGGACAGCACGUCUGUUUUUAAAGGAACUCGUCUGUUCCUGCCUGACUCGCCCGAACGCGUCAGGUCUUGCACUAGCUGUUUUUGAAGUGUGAGCUUUCUGGAGUAGAACUCAGAGGUGGGUUAACAAGACUGCAAGUGCUCAAAAACCUCAGGUCUCUGCCCAAUUCCAACAAAUACAACCAUGUCUUACUCUGUUAGCACUGUGCAACAUCGGGGAGGACGACACACUAAUCGGCCCUUCACUUAAUGUUAAUUGAUUGAACAAGAGUUGGGAGAGCUUGUUAUGUACAAUCUGUGCGGCCCGUCUGCACACAGGAAGACGCAGGCUGUUGUAAAUUAGCCACACGUUAGCUUUUUGCUACAUGAUGCUCUGAGAGGCUACCAGCAGACGCAGGAGCAACUUUUGUCGUCCAAUUUCAAACAUUUGGCCUUUGUUGCAACCCCACAGGUGAUCACAACAAGCUUGGAUGGCUGGAAAGUGAGCACACGGUCUCAUUUGUGGGGAAAUAUCGUCAUUUCGCCGGCCUCUGAGCUUCUUUUUUCGUCCCUUCUCCAACCUCUCCACUUCUAAUUUCAUGUGAAUUUCAGCACACCAUUUACACCUCCACACUCAAAUCCCUCUGCUCAACGCAGUGGGUAUUAGCUUUUCAAAACACCUCAUAUCUACCUUUGGAGAAGGUUACAACCAUAUACAGUAUUGACGUUAUUUUCAGUUUUGAUUUUAACAGCAGCAAUGCACAAUUACCUCUGUUUCCAUCCCUCCGACCUUCAGUUCUUAACACUCAUCUAACCAUUGACAGUAUGCGGGAGAAGUGCUUGUCGUAGCAGCAGAGCCAUUAUUUGUUUGUUUGUUUGUUUGUUUGUUUGUUACUUGGCACUUAACCUCAUGACAGCGGAGUCGGGUUCCUAAACGGAGAGCUGAUGUCAAUGUCUUUGACCUCUGAGGUGGAAUUUGGCCCAGGCCCAAUCAGGAAUGCCCCAAUUGUUUUCCUCCUCAGAGGGACACACACACUUGCUCUCUCUGCACUUCUCUGGACAACCAAGUGUCAUUCAAGUCAGACUGAAAUGUUAAAUAUCUCUUGCUGUGUAUAAAUAUGCUUUGUGCCCAUAUUCUGCUUUUUUUUUUUUUCUCCUGUCUUUUUCUCUAAAUGCUGCAGCUGCUGCAAAACUAUGCAUCGAGUGCAUUUCCAAAGAUUGUCCACCGAGUGGGGGCACGUUAAACAGGUCGGAUACCUUUUAAAACAAGUGUUUGUGAGGUGUUGGCUGCUGUAAUAUUUUUCCGGACUGGAGUAAAUAUCUUUUUUUGGUUAUUUUCCCCACUAUUCAGAUAUUUGAUAGUCAUUCUGUACUGGUUUAUUAACCCUUGACUGAUGCACAGAAAACAAACAGCUGUCAGCCCCCAUUUGGAAGUGUUUAAUGGAACAGUGGAGCAUAGCGGAGUUUAAGUAACUUUAAGAGUUUAAAUAACAGACAGAGAAAAAAGAAAAGAGAAUGAAAUCAAGGAUUUUCUCCCUGUAUAUGCAUACUCACCACUCUUUCAUAAGCACCUUGACAUUAUCUGGACCUUAAAGAAAAGCAAAAAACAAAAAAACCAAACCUGAGCACUGUGUUUUCAUUAUCCUUUGAUAAACUGAGCUGGAUAAUGGUCUGAGGCGUAUGGAGUCAUGAGUGUGCCACUACAAUAAUCAUUUUUCAGUGUUUAAAUAGAAUCAACUCAUAAAUUUUAAUAACAAAAUAUGAAUUAGAUUUGAAUUUCAAUUAUGCUUGAACAACAAAAAAAAAAACAAAUACAAAAUAAGAUCAUCCUUAUUCUUUUUAAAUGAUUGAUUAUUAAUAAAAUUUUAAAAUGGAAUCAUUAUACAGAUUUUAAAAAGGCUUUUGAUUUUAUUAUUUUGGUAUUCCAUGUGCCUACAAUAUUCUAACAUAUUCUAUCUCAAAAUGAAUUGGUCUCCUGCUUAAACAUUUACAGUUUCCAUUCUGUGAUUGCUUUCAUUUGAAGCAUUUAAAGCGUCACUUAAAAAUGAAAUGAAGGCUUGCCCACAGAGCAGCAACGGGAGCUUUUAUUGGCCAGCUGUUGACUUCUGAUCCGCCCUCAGAGCUCAUUUUGUUAUUGCUUUUUUGAAUUUGUCAGCAUUGACGAUUGAGAAUAAUUAAGUCUGAGAAAGUCUCUAAUUAUUCUGGUGGCACCAUCAGGACUCCAUAAUAAUGCUGACUCCAACCAAGACACCGAUGAUACAAUGACAAUGUGUCAAUUUUUCAUCAUGAUUUGGGUCCAGUUUCACAGACGGGCUCCACUCGGGGUUAACUGCAGACGUUAAUCCACCUCUGUGAAACUGAUCCCCAGACGCCCCAAUGAUCUCUUCCCUUAUGAAGAAAAAGCAAAGAGUUGGUUCAGAUGUUCAGCUCUGAAAUGUCACAUACUGUACACUUCAAGCAGGACUACAACAUUUACUUUCAGUAAGAGAGCAGUUUGUGAGGGAGGGAUGUGGCGGCCGUUUAAGAGCUGUGAGCUCCCUCUAGUGGAAGAGAAGCAGCGCCGCAACAUUACUUGAAUUUUUCUACAAGUAUUUAAUCAGACAAAAAAAAAAGAUGGCACUUUCUCACAGUGUAAUUAUCUUCUUGAUCAGACAAACCCUCAGUGUCUGUGCUUGUUAAAACUGAAAAAAAAAAGUAGCAAUAACUUCAUUAUGACCUAUUGGCUUGUUUUAUUAUCACUCAACAGUUUCAUUGCGGUGGCCUGUAUUACUACGAACUAUCCAGGUGACAGUAUUGACUGCCAGUUUGAGCUCAGUUUACAGUAUUUAUAUUCUGGAAAAAAAUUUUACUUGUCUGUUAAAACAAAAUAUUUUUUAUUUGUUCAUAAGUUUUCAACGCAAGCGUUACGACAAAGAGAAACUUUACUCUUGUUAAGAUUAUUUUCUGGGUUAGAUUUACUGAUUUCUUUUUUUUUUUUUUAGAGGAAUGUUGCCGAUUUUAAUCAAGAAAAGCAGAUAUUAGGCAAUUAUACGUUUGUUUUUCGACUGGGUGACCCAAAUUUAAAAUGAAUAUCCCCUUUUCCCUUAAGUCUGACGUCUUAGUUUACUGUGACUGGUGACCACAGGUAUUUUAAGCCAUAAAGUGGAUGAUGUGCGAGCUCACUCCCCUGCAGGAAAUGAACUGACAAGGAUCUUCUUGACUAGAUAAAGGAUCACCCACAUAGAAUGAUUACCUACACGAAUGCUUUAUAACAUAAAGCUAUAUUUUGUUAAUAUGUAUAUGUGUAUAUAUUUAUAAAUAUAUAUCAGACAGAUCUGUUCCUUGAGUAUUUCCAACAUUGAAAGAGGGAGAUAAGUCUUUCAAACCAAACCGUUCCACACCAGGUGUUCAACUCAGAGUUUUAUGGUGUUUUUUUUUUUUUUUUCCACAAAUAUCUGAGGAUAUUUGCAUUAGGACCUAGACUUUAUAAAAAUCAAUCCUGAUCAACCAGCAGAAUCGCAGCAGCUCUAAAGUCAAAAGAACCAGCUUCUCAGCAGUUUAUGGGACCUCAAAAAAAAAAAACAUGAAAGAGAAAAACACAUAGUUAAGACUUUAAACCCUCCGAAAUGUAUGUGUUGCUUGGCAAUUGUAUGUUUAAAAAGUGUAAUCAGGAAAAGCUGAGCUUGUGACACAAUCACUGCUUUCUUUGUUGCAUAGACAGUAAAAUGUUCAAGUGAAGAAAAAAAAAGACAAAAAAACACUUGGAAAAAGAUCUAUUUUUGUACAAAGGUAAUUUUAUCCCUUGCUUGUGUACUCUGUUCUUUCCCCCUUUCUUCCGUGGGCUGUUGUAUACAUUGUGGAAAAGCUUAUUCAACGAGGCAAGAGACAAUUUUCAGAUUGAAAAUUUAAGGUGAGAGGAGUAGUUGGCUUUGGCGCCUUGGUAACUAUGUCGCCUUUACUUCGCCAUUUUCAACCUGUCGCUGCAAGAUGGGAAUGUCUUCUUUGAUUAUAUUUUUGUCCAUUUUUAAAAGAGAUGGAAUUUUGUCAUCUGUUCUCUAUGGGUUGUUCUCUGAUGUUCUAUCUUUCAUGGACAGAAAAAAGGUUAUUAAAAAAAACUGAAAGUGA